GCACUAGGCACAUUCCAAGGCACAUUCCAAGGCACAUUGGAUCCCUCCAAGCGCUUAGCACUUUAAGGAGCCGCCAACACAAACGAAUCUCGUUGCCCAGUUUCCCAGUCGUCAAGUUCGUCUGGAAACCGUUCACAGUUAUUAGUCGUGUGGCACCCUCAAGCAAGAAAAUGGCCAAAGAACCGUCUUUCGUCCUCCUCUCCACCAAGCUUCCCGCCGACACGCUCGCCCUAAAACUCUUGGGCCGCAUCGUCGAAGAUAUCAGGCAGCCCACCAACGGAUACCGACCCGAAAACCCGCGCCCGCUGCUCGCCGUCGAGCCGAUCGAAGCAACCGACACAGACGCCACACUCUACUACCACUCCGUAACCGAUGCCCACGCCAAUGCGCAGCUGGGCCGGCUCCUGGAACUCUCUACCAUCACCUCAACCACCGACACGGCCAAACUCGCAGGCAAAAAGAUCAUCACGCGCAUCCUGCCGCAGCACCGCGACGCGUUUGAUGCCAUCGUCCGCGCGCACCGAGAUGCGGUGGAGAAACUGCUCAAGUUCAACGACGGCGUCGCCUACAUGAUCGUCGGAGUUAAGACCAUUUUUGAUGGUUCCGUCGAGGUUGAGCACGCGCGCAGUCGGCAGGCCGACGGGAGGUUGGAGCUGCCUGUUACCCGAAUGGCAGCGGCUGCGGGGAUGCAGGGGUUAUCAACUGGGCUGAAUCUAGGCAAGGCAGUUGACCCGUCCAUCGAGGCGGGACGAGCGGCGACGAGGGAGUGGAUGGCGCGGAACGAGAUCGUUGGCGAGCAGGUGUUUGCGGUGCAGUACCGGCGGGUUGUGUUGCAGAGGGAGGGGCGGUAUCUUUGGAGCAGCAAGAAAACAGUGCAGCUGAAAGCGAUGCAUGUUGUUGAUUUUGGCGAUGGCGUGCUGAGUGAUGCUGGGCAGGUGGCCACGCCGAAGGAGGUUGUGUACGAGGACGAUGACUCGGACGAUGGCGAGGCGGAAGAUGAUGAUCUUCAGGGCUGGGCUCCUGCCCUUGCCGACACAAAACUGUUGGGCGAGGAAGGAGCGAGCCUUGGUGUGACGUUCGUUUCAUAAGCGAAGUGAAUCCGUCUUUGCGGUAACUUAUCCUUGCUCGCCAAGUCGAUAUCAUAGGCCGCGGGCGCGGACGGUGAUUUGGGAAAGAGAAAGCAAGGUAAAAAGAAAUAUUCUUGGGGAUGGUUAAUUAAUAUUAGCGGGAGUCCUUAUGAGUUAAUUAACUAUGCCAGUGACUUAGAGCAAGGAUUACUAUGAGGUCUAUAUUAAUAGAUGCACUUUCGCAGAGCCGACUUAUUAUGGCCUUAGCGGUUAUAUUAUAUAAAAUACUACGUCACCCCUUGCACUUUAGAGCGGUGGUGCAAGGGGUACAAUCAGCCGAAGGCUGAGAGUCCGCGGGCCAAGCAGUUAUCUACAACCAUUACAUUAUUUACGCACUGG